GGAGCUCACACGCACCGGAUGAACUUGGGCAGCUGACCGGGAAACAGUUGAUCCCUGCGGGCUAAAUUUAUCCUCCCGUCGACGGUCCCGGUCCGCUGGAGGAGGACGAGCCGGUUGUUGUUAUCAGGCAGUCGAGAUUAUCUCCCGACCGGCGGUGUCAUGGCUGCUGAGCCCGCAGAGAAGAGGUUAAAGACCGGCCUGCCGCUGUGCGCAGCGCACCGGAGCUCCGCGGGCAGCCGCGCCAGGCACAACCUGCAGGCCGCCGUGGAGGAGGCGCUGUGCGGGGUGAGCAGCCUGCUGUGGGACGGAGCGUACCGGCUGCAGGCUCUGGUAAGACAGCAGGGAGGAGAGGAACCAGUUACUGAGUCCAGCGUGUUCGAGCGUGACGACGUCGCUCUGCCCCGCGUCGCCUCCUUCUUCCACCAGGAGGCGCUGAAGCAGCAGCAGGAGGCCGAGGCCAUGUUGGGCUACCUGGCUGAGCGAGGAGGCAACUACUGCGGCAAGGACGUCCAGAAGCCGGGCUGCGAGGCGGUCUGUGCGGUGAUACCGGCUCUGGAGCUGCUGCUGCUCCAGCUCAGGGAGGAGGCGGACGUCCUGGUUGAGCUGAGCCAGCUGGCUCGGAACCACGGAGACCCGCACACCGCCAGCGUUGUGAAGAGCCACUUCCUGACGCCGCGGGUGGAUCGCCUCAAACUGCUGGGAGACCUGCUCACCAACGCCCGCCGGCUGGGCUGCACCAGCGACCAGACGGGCGGGUUCGGAGAGUACAUCCUGAAUGAGCUGCAGGAGGAGCUGACCGGCUGAAGGUCCGAGAGAAGUUCUGAUUCAUCCCACGUGAGAAAUGAUACCACGGAGAACUAAAGUUGAAUCUCCAAAGGACUUUGGAUUAAAUAUUAGCAUCAUCGCUCUGCUUCCAGCACAGAUAUGUUCGGAUAAUAUGUAGCCUAGCUUAGCAUACAGACACAGAGAGGCAAACUGCUAGCUUAGCGCCACCAGAAGAGAUAAACGAACCGUCCAGCAGCACCAACGACGUUUAAAUUAAUAUUUACAUCACGUGACAGACAAUCCAGGCUGGUGUGAGCCUAGCUUAGCACAAAGACUGCUAGCUUAGCUCUAUUACAAGAGAAAACACACCUUUAAAACGACUCCAAAGCUGAUUUACACUGUUGCAAGCUCACUUUUAUAUAUUUCAAUUUCAAUAUCUGCCUAGAAGAACACUUUAAGCUAACGUACAUGUCACAACCCGUUCAUGUCAUGUGAAAACACACUUGUUGUAUGAGAGUUUGUUAGCUUUUGUAUUCACUAUUUAAAGGAAUUAUCAGUUAAGGAGAUUUAGCCAAGCUUAGCACAACGGUAAGGCUACAAUCAAAACAGUUAGCUGUUAGCUGGUCGGCUAGCUGUGACCCGUACGUGCCGCUCUUGUUGUAGUUCACAGAUUUCUGACUGUGGUUUAUUUCUUUUGUUCUUAAUUAGUGAAUAAUUAAAGUGGAGAAACAAGAAGGAAAAUGUAGUGAUUUAGUCAUCAUGAAAUGAGAAACAGAAAAAUAAAUUAAACUGAUUCAGGGAAGGGAAGGACGUCGUACGACCCGAGCUGAGCUCAGUACAAUCAUGAUCUUAACCAGAUGUUUUUGUUGGUAAACCUCAAAAACAUCAAAACUUAAUGUGAAUUUGUUUUUGACAUUAAAAUUAUAUUUUCCUUCUUUUUUUUUUGGGAGGAAUUUAAUCAAGUUUUUCUACAAAAUGAAAACUAUGAAUCUUUUACCAAAUGAACAUGAAGCUGAUCUUUAAGACACUUUAAAGACGUGUUUGUGUUUGUAUUUGUGUCGUGAUUUGUAUUGUUUAUUCACCAUGUGUUUGGUUUUUUGUGACCUGUCGUGUUCCGACCGAGUUCUGCUGUGAAUUGAGGCGUUCAAUAGCGUCAGGAAGUUUGUGUGUUUGCAGAAGUUCACUGCUGAUGUUUGUGUUUGUUGUGCACUUUGUAAUAAAAUUAGAAAAGUAAAAUGACGAUUGAAAACAUUUGUAACCUGCAGCUGGUUUCUGAUACAUGAGCGUGAUCGUUGUUUUUCAUGUCGUGUCGGCAGGAAACACUGAAAGUUGUUCAGACAUCUUUUGUUAAUAAAGUU